GUUCUAACGUUGACAUUAAAGACCUUAACAUGUUCGGAGACAGCGUUUAACCUUAGUAAUCUCACAUUUUAAAGUCACCAUAAAUGUAAUUUUCUUUUAUAAAAUUUAUGUUUUAGUAUAUAUAACACGAACCUUCGUAGUAUUUCGUAAGAUCCUGCUAAACAAAACAAAGCACAACGCUGCCAUUGUCGGUUCGAAAGUUUGAGAACCUAGGAUUGAGGUGAAGCUGCGUUCUGAAUACUGAAUCUGACCGCCAAAGUACACAGUCUUUAGGAUCCGAAGGACAACCGCACGAUCCAGAGAUUUCUAUCCUUUGAUCUUGCUCUGAUAAGGACUUGUCUCCUUCUUCCACGUAAAUUCAUUUUUUUUUAUCAGAAAUGGUAAUGGUUAGUAUGUUAGUGUUUUGUUAAUAAAAGAGAUCCAACCCACAAAUUUUCUCUUUUUUUUUUCUACUUAAUCUUCCAAACUACCUUAUAUCUCCUGCUAAAGCCGUGUGUAUCUCUACCUCUGUCUCCCUUGAGCAGAGUAAAAAAACAAAAAUGGCGAUUUUAGCUGAAGACUUCUUCAAGGAGAGAAAAUACCCUUUCAUUGUCACUCUCUUAAUCUUGCUCAUUUGCGUCACGCUCUUCCUCUUCAGCUUCAACCACACCACCUCAAACACUGUUGCUUUCUAUUCUGUUAUCCAAGAGAAACCACCCCUUAACCCUUCUCAAGCAUCUGCUGAUUAUACUGCAAAUCCAAAAGUGCAAGAGCUUCCCCCAAACGUGACCAAUGUGAGGUUCGAUUGGAAGCUAUGUAAGGAACCGCAGAAUGUUGAUUUUAUACCCUGUUUGGAUAAUUUCAAGGCGAUUAAGGCUCUUAAGUCUAGGAGGCACAUGGAGCACAGGGAAAGGCAUUGUCCUGAGACUAGACUGCACUGUUUGCUUUCCCUUCCCAAAGGGUAUAAAGUCCCAGUUCCGUGGCCCAAGAGCAGGGACAAGAUUUGGUAUGAUAACGUCCCUUAUUCAAAGCUGGUGGAGUACAAGAAAGACCAACACUGGGUAGUGAAGUCUGGGAAAUAUCUGGUCUUUCCAGGUGGUGGUACUCAGUUUAAAGAUGGGGUUGACCAUUAUAUUAAGUUCAUAGAGAAGACAUUACCUGCAAUUAAGUGGGGAAAGCAUACCAGGGUUAUUCUAGAUGUUGGCUGUGGUGUUGCUAGCUUUGGUGGCUAUCUGCUGGACAAAAAUGUUAUUACUAUGUCAUUUGCCCCAAAAGAUGAACAUGAAGCUCAAAUACAAUUUGCUUUGGAACGAGGAAUUCCUGCAACUCUUUCUGUCAUUGGAACACAAAAACUGACUUUUCCUGAUAAUGGGUUUGAUUUGAUUCAUUGUGCACGAUGCAGGGUUCAUUGGGAUGCAGAUGGUGGGAAGCCCUUAUAUGAGCUCAAUAGGAUUCUUAGACCAGGCGGUUUCUUUGCAUGGUCUGCUACACCAGUUUACCGUGAUGAUGAAAGAGACCAGAAAGUAUGGAAUGCCAUGGUGGAUAUAACAAAAGCCAUGUGCUGGAAGGUUGUGGCUAAGGGUCAUGAUUCAUCUGGAAUUGGACUUGUUAUAUACCAAAAGCCAACCUCAUCUUCUUGCUAUGAGAAACGUGAAGAGAACAAUCCACCUUUAUGUGAAAAUAAGGAUGGCAAGAAUAUCUCAUGGUAUGCCAGACUCGAUAGUUGUCUUACUCCUCUUCCGGUUGAUGGUAAGGGUAACCUGCAGAGCUGGCCCAAACCUUGGCCCCAGAGGCUUACCAGUAAGCCACCGAGCUUACCUACAGAUUCAGAUGCCAAGGACAAGUUCUUCAAGGACAGCAAACGUUGGUCUGAAUUAGUUUCAGACGUUUAUAUGAAUGGUCUUUCAAUAAAGUGGUCAAGUGUUCGAAAUGUAAUGGACAUGAAUGCUGGUUAUGCAGGAUUUGCCGCAGCUCUCAUUGAUCUACCAGUCUGGGUGAUGAAUGUAGUACCUAUUGAUGUGCCAGAUACUCUUUCUAUUAUAAUGGACAGAGGGUUAAUAGGAAUGUAUCAUGAUUGGUGUGAGUCCUUUAACACCUAUCCUCGCACAUACGAUCUUCUUCAUGCUAGCUUUCUUUUCAAAUAUCUUGAGCAAAGAUGUGACAUCGUAGAUGUGGCUGUGGAGAUUGAUCGCAUAUUGAGACCAAAUGGAUAUCUCGUGGUUCAAGAUUCUGUGGAAAUACUUAACAAGCUCAAUCCAAUCUUGCGUUCACUUAACUGGUCUGUAACGUUGCAUCAAAAUCAGUUUCUUGUAGGUAGAAAAGGUUUCUGGCGUCCUACGAGCUCUUGAGACUGAAUGUAUAUUAGGUUAAUAAAAAUGACGUAUUCUUCAAUCACCCGUGUAUCAGUAUAUUCUGGAUAAAAAUUAGGUGCAAAAAGAAUGAAUUUUAAGAAAGGAAUAUUUAUUCGACAAAGUAAUCUUGUCUGAGUGUGAAGUAUGUUAACGAGACAUUUACUUAUAGUAUAAUACAGAGGAAUUUGUUCUAAUUUU